AGUGGUUGUGGCGUGGCUUCUCUCCUCGUCGCGACGCGCCUUCUCACUGGCGAGGGGACGGACUGCUGCUGUGUGCUGGGCGGCCGUCGGGCCGGAAUCAUGAGCCCUGGGGGCGCGGGUUGCCCAGCUGGGCUGCUGCUGACCUUGGGCUGGCUGCUCCUGGCGAGCCUUCGGGCCUCAAGUGCGACGAACGUCACCGCCCUUCAGGACCCGGGUUUCACCCAAGGGGCCGAGAGCCAGGCCGAGAGUCAGGCCGAGAGUCAGGCCGAGAGCCAGGCCGAGAGCCAAGCCGAGAGCCAGGCGGAGGGCCAGGGCGAGGGCGAGAACGACGAGGACAGCUACAGCGAAGUGGAGGAGACAGAAGGCCCGACUGAGGCCACAGAUGAUGUUUUGAACAAGACAGUAGUCAAAGAAGUAGAAUUUGGAAUGUGCACAGCUACAUGUGGUAUUGGUUUUAGAGAAGUUAUAUUAACAAAUGGGUGCCCUGGAGGUGAAUCCAAGUGUAUUGUUCGGGUAGAAGAAUGCCGUGGACCAGUAGAUUGUGGCUGGGGUCAACCAAUUUCAGAAAGUUUUGAAAAUGUUAAACUGGCUUGCAUUCGUAUAUCUCCUGAAAAUCGGUUCAAAUAUAUGUGGAAACUUCUAAGGUCAAACCAACAACCUAUUAUACUUGCAAAUGAUUCAGCAAUCCUGGAAGUACGAAGAGAUGUUCACCCCCGGGCUUUUGAGUGUGACACUCUGGAUAGCAAUGAAGUGGUAGCAUCUGUUAGAUUCACUGUCUAUACAAUGAGUGAAAUGCAGAUGAGAUCAAGCCGAUCAGACACUGAUAUAGCCCUAGUAUUUGUGCUGACCACAGGAGUCUUUUUCUGUAUAUUCAUAAUCUUCAUAUUGAUCUUCAUAAUUAUAAAUUGGGUGGCAGUGAAAGCUUUCUGGGCAGACAAGGUGUCUACAACUGAAAUUCAUUCUGAAAUAAGUUCUAUGAAAUACAAAGAUUCAGCUUCUCUUGACCAGGCACCAACAGAAGUACCCAGACCGGAAGAGGAGGCAUUAAGUGAAUGGCAUGAAGAGGCCCCCAUACCUGUGGGGGAUGAAAGCUGAAGCAAAGAAUAG